UCCCCUCCCCGGCACAGCGCCGGGGCCAGCCCGACACCAGCCCGGGGAGCGGGGCCGCCAGCCCAGCCCAGCCCAGCCCAGCUCUGCCCUGCCCUGCCCUGCCCAGGCUCUUCUCAGGCCUCAGGAAUGUCUUCUGAGCCCACCUCAUCCUCCUCGCAGCAGUCCCCCGCCUCUCCCCCAUCGCCCAGCUCCCUGCACCUGCCGGAGAGCCGGCGUCCCCGGGAGCGCUCUCCAUCGCCCAUGCGGGGGUACCUGAUCCCCAGCCCGCUGCCCACACGCCGCACCAGGACCUUCUCCGCCACGGUGAGAGCGUCCGAGGGACCCAUCUACAAAGGGGUCUGCAAGUGCUUCUGCCGCUCCAAAGGGCACGGCUUCAUCACCCCCGCCGACGGAGGGCCCGACAUCUUCGUGCACAUCUCAGACAUUGAAGGCGAGUACGUUCCCGUGGCAGGCGACGAGGUCACCUACAAGAUGUGCACCAUCCCUCCCAAGAACGAGAAGCUGCAGGCAGUGGAGGUGGUGAUCACUCACCUGGCCCCUGGCACCAAGCACGAGACGUGGUCAGGGCACGUCAUCAGCUCCUGAGGUGUCCCCUGGAACGUGGCUGUUGGGCUCUGCUCAACAACUGCCUGCAGGACCUGGCUGAAGAAUAUUGUGUGUGAGGAAAUACUGCAUUGUCAAUAAAACAGGCCAAAAUUACCGUUUUUUACAGCUGGCCUGAUUUAAAAAAAAAAAAAAAAAAAAAGGCAAUUCAGAUGCUAAUGAAAAAAAUCUAGCGUAAUGUGUUUACAAGAAAUGUAUUUAAAGAGACCUAGUUUGUGUGCUUGGUGGAGGAGGGGAGGUUUGGGUUUUCUUUUGUCUUGUGAAGCGAUUGCAGGAAAUGCCCAGGGGAGGGGGGGAGAGGUUUCAAGGAGAGCUCUUCUAGUGCAGAUGGUCAAGCACAACUCGGAGUCCUGUGUUCCCUUGGGCUGCUCUUCUAGGGCUGCAGGACCUUUAUUGCUGAUAACAGUGCCUGAAUGCCCUGGCCUGACAGACAGAGGUGUUCAUUGCUGAUUUGUUUUCCUCAUGGAAGGAAGUUCACAAACAGAGCAGCUGGAAAAUCUCCAGCAGGUGGUUGUGCUCCAGUGCCCAUCCAGGUGCACCACCACAAAUGGUGGGGCUGCACAGGUGUGGAAACUGUGUUGUACUGGUAAAGCUGGGGUUGUUUGUGAAUUUACUUAGGUGCCUUGAUGGUUGAUUAGCAACAGAUUUUAUAGGCCAGUAUUAAAAAAAAAAAGAAACAAAAAAACAAACAAAACAAUCGAUCCCAAAUUUGAAUUUGAUUCAAGGUAAGUGGUAGAAUACUGUAAAGCUGUAGUGGAUACAUCAUAGCCUCUGACUGUGUCUGAAUUUUGACAAGGCUGAAGAUUUGCCUUCUAGACUGCGUCCAGCUGGCUGCCAUGGUGUGCCACUGGGCAGGCAGGACCCUGCAGUGCUGCCCAGCAGGUGUGUGCUGCCCAGCUGCUGUGUAUUAAAUACUGGGUGAGUUACUCAACAGGCUCAGCUGUCUUGAAGUAGAUUCUGCAUCUGUUUCCCUGGCAAACUUGCUUGGUAGAUGUGAUUAGGGCUGCCCUUCCCCAGACUCUUCAUGCUGUUGUAGUGCUGCUGCUAAAUUGGUUUUGUUCCUAUUUGCCUUCCACAUAUUUUUUUUUUUUUCAAAUGAAGCAUUUUUCUCUGUUAUGUUCCUAACAGUGGAUUUUUAUUGACUUUGCAAAUAAAAUAAAAAAAAAAAGGCACAACUCUUGUUAGUUGUAUAGAACAGUGUAGGUUCAGUUGUGUAUUUGGAGCUUCACCAAGAGGUGCUCACUGUCCUGUCCUGAGCCUUUCACAGCAGCUGGUCUGUUCCCAGGUGUGAUGUGGUGACAGCACAGGGGUGUGGGGUCAGGAGCUGCUGUGCUGGCUUGUUUCCCUUAGCUGUACCUGUGUUACACCAUGGUGUCGUGGGGUUUGGGUUUGGUUUUGUUUUUUAUGACCCAUAAGCCUUGGAAGUGGUGGGUUUAUCACUGUGCAGCUUGUUGGAUAUCAGCCCCUGCUUUCUUUACAAUAAAUGAAACCAUUUCAGUGCUUU